UUCUAUAUAAUAUAUACUUGUACUGUAUACUCAUCUUAGACUCAAGUAGUUACCUUUCCAUCAGGUUUAUAUUCUAUAUAAUAAAUACUUGUACUGUAUACAGUAUACUCAUCUUAGACUCAAGCACUUACCCUUCCAUCAGGUUACAAAAAUAUCUGUAGCUACUUCUAUAACCUAUGUUCUUGGUUGUGAUGAAGCUCAAGCUAACUCCCUCAAAAUAAAAUAUGACUGGCCAUUUAAAUCUGACACUUGUGAAGUAAAGCUUUAUGAUGGUAGUAAACAUAAAACAUAUUUUGAAGGUGGUUUAUCAGCAUGCCCUGAAGGUUGGAAAGACUAUAAGGGUGAGAAAUGCCUGAGGUUUAAAGAAGAUGAUAUGCGUGAAUGUUCGGAAGCUAACCAUCAAUGCUAUAUACACGGAGGAUCAAGCUUAGUAAUUAUAGAGGAUAGUGCUAUGUUCGAUUUCUUAAAAACUACAAUGUCGCAAGGAAAUAUGUGGGUUUACACUGCAGCAAGAAGGAAUAAGUCCAACAUGUUUUUUUGGCAAACUUAUCCAAGUUACAAGAGCCCUGACUUGACCUCUAAGAGAGGCGAAUUCCCAUGGGAUUCUAAUCAACCUAAUGAUAAUGAGAUUGAGAUUUGUGCUGCUUAUGGUGCAUGGAACUACAAAGAAUUGCAUGAUAUAUCCUGCAACACACGUGCUGGCUACGUAUGUGAGAAAAAAAGAGAUUUGGCAGGCCUUGGAGGUCAAGUGGAAGGAGAAAAAACUGAGUAUGCUGUUAAUUGUAGUAGACAAUCAUAUGGUCAUACUUUUGUAUUUUCCUCUAAAUUGUACCUGGCAGAUUUGGAUUUAACCCAAGAAUAUCUUGAUUCAUUUAGACCAAAGGCAUAUUUGAAAACUUGGAUAAGGUUUAUGAAAUUAAAUGACAAUGAUAAUGACCCUCAAGGCUCACUGACUGUCACAGGCCGGGUUGGUGAACACAAUGCCAGUAUAAUAAUAAACAAAGCCAAGAAAUCAGAAAGCUAUGCUCUUAUCAUUCCAAUUCUGGAUCUAGCUAUAUACCCAGAACAAAAUAUAUCCAUUGAAGCAGAAACAAAAAAAAAUGGUUUAAUUCUGAUAUCCCCCCCAAAGAUUAUAGUGGACCGUCCUGUCUAUAUUGGAUGCUUCUUAUCAUUCAGCAGUUCUGAUCUUAUCCCAGAGCUUAGUCAAACUUUUUCUCAUCUUGACUGUUUAGUGCUCUGCAAUAACCAAUCCAAAAGAUUUGUACUUUUACAAGAAACAGAUUGCUACUGUCACUCAGAUGAUUCAUAUUAUCAACUUUUUAAGUCUGGUUCUCUAGUUCCAUCUGCUCAAUGCAACAUCACCUGUGAAUCCCAUCCACAUAGUUACUGUGGAGGUGUGGAUAGAUAUUCUGUAUAUGUGACAGAAUGUGAGGAAGGAUUUAAAAGAUAUGAUUCAAGCUGUUUUACCUACAAGAGUGUCAUCAAAGAGUACUAUUGGCUGCACCAGGCAAAAUGCAACCAGCUAGGGGCUUCAUUAUGGGCUCCAAGAAAAGUUGGAGAUAUGGAAAUGAUACAAGAUAUUUUCAAAAUUGAGGAAGAACAUCUUGUGGGAGUUAGAAGCAAAUUCUCCAAUGAUGAAUUGGAGUUUUUUGACUUUUCAAGGGAGCCUGGCUCCUAUCCGACUUAUUACUCCUCUGGUGAAUGGAACGAUUUUGAUCAAGAAGAAGAUCCUGUUAAAGACUUUACAGUUGGUGUCAACGGUGUUUUGUUACUCUUAAACAGGAAAUUAACUGUAGACAUUAAUAGAAAAGCUAGAGGAAUUUGUGUAAAACCCAUUGAUGAAAAACAAGGAAACUUAAACUUGUUUAAAGAUGGUGGACUUAAAUACAAGAUCAUAGGAGAUGAAGUUGAGAGCAUAGAUAAAACUAAUUCUAUUUCUGAUAUAUAUCCAGGAAUACCCUUGACAAUUCAAUGCACAAAGGGUUCUCAUGAGACUUGGUUUGAAAUAUUCCUUGAUCAAAUGGUAAUGAUUGAUUCUGUUCACAUUAUUCUGAACAAUCAAAUGCUUGUUAGAAAUUUAAUUUUGGAAACCUCAUCAAAAUUAUGGAUGUCUAUCACAAAUAUUGAGUUAAGAAAUGGCGAGAAAUAUUCAAUGAAGCGGUUAUUGGACCAGCCAAUUGUAAUUAACAGAUUGAGGAUUAAAAUGGAAAAUUCAGCACCUAUUUUUGAAAUGAACUUAGAGUUAUUUGGCAAAAUGGCAUCAGAGUUGGUACCUUCUGGGUUCCUUUCUUAUGGACAACUGAAAACAAAAUAUUCUGCAUUGAAAGAUUACCAAAGGAGUAUUGAUGUACAAGGCUAUGUUUGUCCGCUGGGAGGAUUAAGAUUUACUGGAUCUUUCCUAAAUGAGAUAAAAAAUGAGGCUGCAGUGUUAAAUUUGACUUUUAUGUCAAAUUCUGCUGAAAAGUAUGAGCUGAACAUUACGGUUGGACUGACAUAUUUGAAAAUUUACUAUGAGAACUCUUCAUAUGAAGAAUAUUUCAACUCAACUGAGCUUUUUGAACAAAAACUUUUGGAUAUAUACAUCACAUGCCCUAAUGAAAAUUAUCAGGUUUACAUUAACAAUCAUCUGAAGCUUGUGACUAUUCUUACAGCAAUAAACAUUGGUUCUGUUCAUAUUAAAUCCAACUUGCUGAAUGUAACAAUGGAAGAAGUUUCGAUUUCAAAAGAAAAUCCAAUGCUUGAUAUAUGUCUAGCUGAUAUGAACUGUACAACAAGAGUGCUAAAUGAUCAUGGAAAGGUUAUAAGAAUAUAUUCAAGCAAAGAAGAGGUACAAUACCAGACUGGGGAAAUAGUGUGGGCUUGUCAUAGAACUCCUUCAUAUAAUUCAUUGUGCAACAUACAGCAUUUUAAAUGGGAGAUUAGUAAGAGAGGUGGUUUUUCGGACUUGGCAUGUCCUACUGAAGAGAAAAAUAUUGGCUUAGGUAAACAAUGUUUAAAACUGGCAACAAGUGCUUCAUCUUUCAACCAAGCAGAGGUGUCCUGUUUAAACCACUCAGGAUUUGUUCAACCCCCCGUAGAUUUCUACCAAAACUCAAUCUUAAGUGUUUAUGCCAUCGAGCAAAAUAUUGGAUCAUAUUGGAUUGGCAUAAAAAGAACAAAUGGAGUAUGGAUAAAGACUGAUGGUAGGAAACUAGAAGAUACAGAACUAAAUUUAGAAGAUAUUGAAGAAACAGGAAACUGCAUGAUUGCAGACAGUAAGAAUGGUUUUAUACCUAAAAUUGUCUCUUGUAAUGAAGAAUAUAAGUAUUUUUGUACGGUUGGACCAAACUGUCCUUCAGGAUACACCUGGGUUCCAGGUUUGGGUAGAACUUGUCUUAAAGUUGGAAAUGUAGUUGGAGGAAACAAUUUAUUUGCUGAUGUACAUUCAGGAGAGGCCUAUUGUGCAAAAGACGGAAUGAGUUUAUUUGUUCCUACAACACAAGAAGAAGUGAACAGCCUGGUAGCUUGGUUUAAAUCUCAAAUAUCACGACCUAAUCUUGAAGCUUUCCUAGGUAAUCUGAGAGGUGUCUGUCAAUACAAAGAGUGUAUUACUACUCAGUCAAUACCCUGUUCCUUCCCUUUUAAAUAUAAGGGAAGAAUGUAUGAUUCCUGCAUAACCAUUGAUAGUACUGAACCUUGGUGCAGUCUUAAAACAGACAUUGUUAGAAAUCAUAUUGAAAAUGUGAAUACCAAAGGAACCUGUUCCAGCAGCUGCAACAUACAAAAUUGUCCAGUUGGUUUCUUUAAACAUGACACAACUUGUCUCAGGAUAUCAGCACAGACAGAUCAUGAUUCAUGGAUUUCAACAGAGCAAGCUGAAGAACAAUGUAUAAAAGAAGGGGCGAGAUUGUACCAGCCAAGAGAUAUUAAAUCUUUUAAAAGCCUACUUUUAAGUGAAUUUGAACAUUUGCAACCAAAUCAAUCUCAUUUCAAGUAUAGGAAUAAAGAAUCAUUUAUUGCUCUUGGAGCAAAAACAGCAAGUACAAAUACUUCUCUGAUCGUUUAUCUUGAUAGAAGUAGAGCAUACAUGUUAGAAUCAAUAAUGAAUGCUGAAGGAAAUAGCCUAAAUUCUAAUAAUGAAGAUAAAUGCAUUAUGCUGGACAAGAAAGGAAAAUUAGCUUUGGCAAAUUGUGAAAACUACUAUGAUGGUUUAUCUGGUAACCAGGCCCAGUUAGGAUACAUUUGUGAAGCUAAUCAUUUUGUUACAAAGGGUGGUAGUGAUCCUGGUGAAGCAUGUGUGUUUCCAUUCAGAGAAUCAGUUGAUAGUCAACUUCAAACUUCUUGUGUAUAUGAUGAUGUGAAGGGACCUUGGUGUGCAACAGCAGUAGAUGAUCAAAAGGUUGUUCAGGAAAAUAAAUGGGGUCUCUGUAUGGAUGAAAGAAAAAUUGCAUACAAUGGCACUGGGUCGGGGAAAGAAUGCAUUAUUCCAUUUAUAUACAAUGGGGUUUGGAAGGAAUCCUGCCUUUAUCAAUCAAGAAAUGAAUAUUGGUGCCCAACAUUAAUUAAUCCUAACAGAACAUAUAUGGAAGGACAAGAACUGGGUUUCUGUACAGAUUAUCUUAUUUCAAAGAAUACUGAGUGUCCUGAGAGCUAUGAAAAGGUUGGAAUAACUUGUGUAAGAGUUUCUCCUAUUUCUGAAACAUUCAAGGGUGCCACUGCAAAAUGUACCUUGGAAGGGGGAAACCUCAUCUCUAUACACAAUGUAAUGUUUCACAUGGACCUUAAUCAAUACAUUCAUAAUAUCAGUUUAUCGAAGUAUUACUUUAACAUCACAACAGAUAAAAUUACGGAUUUCUGGAUCGGAGGAACUGUCAUAAAAAAUAUGUGGACUUGGGUUUCUAAUGAACAAAAUAUUACAGAGAACUGGACUAACAACACUUUGAACACUGGAUGUCUUAGCUUGCAAUGUACAGAUGAGUAUGGAUUGACUAUGAAUGUCAAAGAAGAAUAUAAAUGGAAAGCAGACCACAAGAAAAUUUCAAAACCAUAUAUUUGUGAAUCUAAAUGUAGGCCAGGGUACAGGUGGGGUCAAAGAUCAAACAAGUGUCUUAUAGCAUCAAGUAGUAGUCUACAAGGUGUGUCCAAUGUAAAAUCAAUGCUGUCUUGUGCUCUGGAGAAUUCAAGAUUAGUCAGUGUUUCUAACUGUCAAGAGGUCAAGAAUCUUACUCAAGAUAUUUGGGAGUUGUUCCCAACAGCUGACAAUGAGCAAUGGAUUGGGUAUUUUUCUGGAGAUUUUCAAUAUUAUAACAUGAGGAGAAUAAGUAAAUCUGAUGAUAACUCAGUGACAGCAAUUAACUCAAAAGGCCUUGCUCUAACGAAAUGUAACUUUGGAGCAAACAAUACUGCUGGAUAUGUUAAAAAGGGAGUCGUUACAAUAUUUUCAGAAAACUUUUCUGAACUAGAAAGUCUUAAGGGGUUUGUUUGUGAAGAAGAAAAUGAUUGGAUGUGUCCUGAUGGGUACACUUUGUUCCAAGAGGAAUGCUACAAGUUUGUAAAUAAUUCAAAUAUAUUUACCAAUGCUCUCAUGCAUUGUAUGGAUACUGGUGGACAUUUAGCUGAACCACAGCAUAUGCUCCAUGUCAACUUCAUUCAAGCUUUUAUAAACUACAAUGUAGGAGAAGACACACAUGUUUGGACAGGAUACCGAAGAAGUAUAUUCGAUAUCUCAGAAGACAAUCCAUUCACUACUUCUGAAUUCAACCAAAACCUAUUUCCAACAGAUGAACAUAUUCCCAUAGACACAGGAUACCACAGAAGUAUAUUCAAUAUCUCGGAAGAUAAUUCAUUCACUACUUCUGAAUUCAACCAAAACCUAUUUGAUGAAUACAUUCCCAUUAACUUAGGUUCAGGAAAUUGCUUGGGAAUCAAAGAAAACAUAUUUUCUUGGUUAGAUUGUUUAUCGCUUCAUCCAUACAUUUGUCAAACUCAACAAACUGCAAAUACGGAAAAAAUAAGAAAUAUUCCACAACCUACAUUAGUUCUCCCAUUAGACAACACACCCAAAGAAAAUCAAACCAACUAUUUGAUCAAUUAUUAUAAACAAAUGAUUCCACACAACAGAUUAAGCAGUUCUGCUUAUUUCCUGGGUGCAAAUGGUUCCUUUAUAGAUGUUAAAAUAGAUCAAGAAAUAAACUUAAUAUCUGGAACUACUAUUUCCAUGUGGAUGAAAGCAAAUAAAAUAUCUGAUGGUGACACAGUACUUGCUGAUUUUAGAAAGACAAAUACAACAAACAUUUUAACUAUUUUCAUAACCUCAAAAUAUCUGAAAAUCAAAAUGUGUAAAAUUUCUUGUAUAACCCAACAGACUCUCUUGAAAAUUCCAGAAGAAAUCUGGACUUUCUUGGCAAUAACUAUAAAGAGUUUUGAGGGGAAAGUGUAUAUCAAUGAAAUAUCUAAAACUAUACAAUUUUCUGAUACUGACAAGCCAAUAUGGGAAUCUAAGAAUUUCUUGACAAUUGGAUCUGAAAAAACUGGUGGAAAAAUUGGGCAAAACAAUUUCCAUGGAAAAAUGUCAUGUUUUCAGAUAUUUCCAAAAUACCUCUCUUCAGCACAGAUUCACCAUAUAAUGAAAACCUGUAAUCUAGAAAAAGAUUAUCCACAAUCAGAGCUUUGUCCCACAGGAUUCUUUCCAUUAAAAGAGUCUUGCUAUCAGUUAUCCACCAAUCCAACAAACUACUCAAUGGCUGAGCUGACCUGUUUAAAUCAGACUUCACCACUCAAACUUGCUUUUCCACAUAAUUUUCAGCUACAGGAGAUUCUCUUCAUGUUUGCGCAACAGUCCAACAUAUCUGAUAUUUGGAUUGGAUUAGACUCAACGUCAGCUGAUCCUGCUGGAAAAACAUGGAUAGAUAGUGAAGGUUCUAAAGUGGAGAAUAUUAAUUGGAUUGCUGGAGGCCCUGUAGAGAACACCAACCAUUACUGUGCUUCCAUGCAAUAUUUAGAUAAUAUGAAAGUUCGCAAUGACGAUUGUAGCAAAGACAAGCAUUUUUUCUGCUCUACUCCACAACAGCGUAUUCAAGAGUGCCCAAAAAGCUAUUUUAGAUAUAAGAACAUGUGUCUGCUCAAAGUAAAUACACCCAGAACAUUGACAGAGAGUAAACUCCACUGUUCUGGAAUUGAAAGUAUUGUAUUACCAGUAAAAAGCCAAGGAUUGUAUGAAUUUAUCAAAUUAUAUUCACAAUUUGAUGAUGGUGGCAGUAUAUUGCUUGGCAUGAAUAAAACGGAUGGUGUUAUAGAGUUUACAGAUCAUACUGAGCUUGAUGUCAGUAAAUUAGAUAAUGAUUUCUUUAUUUUUGAUGUUGAAGAGUGUGUUAUCCUGGAUAAUAAUAAUGGAUAUAAUUUAAAAGGAGUUCAGUGUAAUGAAACACAUGAAUACUAUUGUUUGUGGCAAAAACCAGCAUGUCCUGGUGGAUUUUACAGUCACUUCUCAACAUCCAAUGGUACAGCAUGUUUCUCUGUUUCUGAAGAUGUUGCUGCAUUUGGAUCAAUUCAACAAUGUAUAAAUUCUUCAUUUAUUGCAUCUCAAGCAACACUUCCAGAAUUUGAUCUGGAUUUCUUAGACAAAGUCCUAGAUGAUACUAAAUUUGUCUGGGUUAAUGGUUCUGGGAAAAAUACUUGUGUUGACAAGAAAUGUGAUACACUUACUAAAACUGGACUUUCCCUAAAGCUAACUGGUAAAGAUAAAGAACAUGCUCUCUGUGAACAUGAAUUGUGUAUAGCACAAGAUGGAUAUCAAUGCAUAUUUCCAUUUAUAUACAAGGAUGUUGAGUACUAUAAUUGCACUACUCAGGAUAUUUAUCAUCCAUGGUGUCCAACAGAUUGGCAUCAUCAUUUCACAGCACUAAGAUAUUUGCUCUAA